AUGGAGGUCACGGAGACUGCAUUGGACAUUUCUGGGAUACGCAUUUCACCCCCAGAGCUGCGCUUUCUGGACGCGGUGCCUGGAGGGCGCUACCGAGCGCACCUGAGGGUCCAGAACCUGCAACCUCAAAGCUGCUUUCUUCACAUAUUGCCGCCGCAGCGGCCUCAGUUCAAACUAAUUGUGGAAAAUCCCAAGAAACCAGUUGCAUCUGGUCUUCACAUAACAGCCACUGUGGAUUAUCAUCCUGAUAAAGAAGAAGAUCUUCGGGAUAGACUACUUCUGUAUAUAGAAAAAAAGUUAAUUGAAAUUCCUCUAAUAGGAUUAAUUCCAUGUUGCUGCUUAGAAAUUGAACCUGAAAUAAAUUUUGGCACCGUGAUUGCAAACAGUAAAGUAAUCAGUAAAGAGAUUAAAAUUACUAACUGUGGAUCAUAUUCAGGUGCAUUUAACAUAAGCUACAGAGGAAGUGUUCACAUUUUAAUAUCACCAACCAGUGGAAUGGUAGAACCCAAAACAUUCCAAAUGAUUAAAAUGGAGAUCUGUACUGAUAUUCCGAGGGUCAUUAAUCAGACAGCCAUUGUGGAGCUGCAGGGAAGAUCAAAUGCUCACAUAACAAUAAAAGCCAAUAUAGUGGAGCAAAUUAUUGAACUGUUGGGUGUGCCUCACUCAGAUGCAAUAAAAUGUGUUCAUUUUGGAUGUGUCUAUUUUGGAACUUCCAAGACUGAAGAAGUAAUUCUUCACAAUAAAAGCCCAGAGCCCAUGAACUGGGUGGCAAUCCUUCAAGAUAAUGCUGUUGGGGUUGAGAUGGGCACUGACAUUCAGAAAAGUACUGAUGCUGUCUUGCAAGACUUAAACCACAGUGAUAAUAAACCAGAGCUAGAUGUUUCUACUCUGAUUUCAUGUAUUCCCAAUGAAGGAACUCUAGAACCUUACCAGAAAAUUGUAGUUACUCUUUGUUUUAGUCCAAAGCAGUUGAAAAUGGAUGUUAAGCAUGAUAAAACUCCAUCAAGACAAGAUUAUGCUCUGUUUCUGAAAUUUGAAGCUGUAGGAAGUACAGAUGACUUUUUGCAAAGGCUGACUAUGGAUGACAAGCCCACUAGAGAGAACUGUUUUCAUCAAGUUGAGUUGGCUUUGACAGGUUCAGGGCUCCCAGUCAUGCUAACAUUCAGUCCAGGACCAACUAUUAAUUUUAUGGAGUGCUACAUGGGUGAACAUACAGAUAUUAUUUGCACGCUCAGAAAUGAGUGUGAUAUUCUUCCAGUGUCAUUUGCUUUUUGUAAGAUUGCACAUUACAAUAUUUGUCCUGAAAAAGGAAAAGUGAAAGCAAAAUCGUCACAGGACAUACUGUUUUCAUUUCUUCCACGUCACAUAGGAACCUUUAAAGUGAAGCAGGUGGUAGAUAUUAUUGGCCAAGUGGCAAAGAAAGAUUGUUUACCAGAUUUGGUGAUAAGAUCAUUUCAUCAAAUACACUUAAAGUUUUCUGGCACUUGCAAGGCUGUGCAAAAUAAAGGAGUACUUAUAUCCAAGAAGGAGGACCAGUACAGUUAUCUAACACCAAUGGCACUGCUUAAAUCUGACCAGACAAAAAUUCAUGAUCAUGUUCUUAACAGAAAUGUGGAUAAUGCACUGAUAGCACUUCCUGACGAUCGUCUAGCUAGUAUUAGACCCAGUGAAAGACAAAAAAAUUACAGGACUAUUUUCACAAAGGUUGCUAGAUACAAUUAUGUGGAUCCAGAGUACUCUUACACGGCAUAUGAAGAAUUGGAAAAGCGAGUGAAUAAAGAUUACUAUACAGACUAUACCCGAAGUUUAAGAAACCGUCGUUUGAAUAAAGAAGCAACUAAGAUCUCUGGAAAAUUGAAUAAUGUUAUUGAACUAGGGUUAAAGCCAGUAUCAGGGUUAAAAUCACCACGGUUAAAAGCUUUACCAUAUGAGAAAUUGAAGGAAGAUGCUGAUGUAGAAAUUGCAAGUGACCUGUUGACUAGUCAAAAGUUAUCAGAAAUUAAAGCUAAAUCUAUUGGCAAAGAGGUUAAUGAUGGCUUUAAUGCUGUACCAUCUUCACCACAAGAGCAAGAAGACUGUAAUUUAAUUUUGACAUCAAAGCAGCUUCAUCAAAUAUUCAUAGGUCCCUCUACUAUUGAUUUUGAAGAGGUUUGUGUGCAUUCUACAUCUGUCAGGAAAAUGCAUAUUGUAAAUAAUCUUCAUGUUCAUAUUUGGAUACAAGUGGGAAUUGAAAGUGAAGAACUACAACAGACUAGUCCUUUAUCUCAUGUCAUACCACCACAUUCACAAACAUAUAUCCCAGUUGUGUUUGAGACUAAUAAACUGGGAAAUUUUCAGAAGUCCUUUAUGUACACAAUAAACCAACAUCACACUGGGCAUGUGUUGGUAGUUGCAAAAGCAGUACCUGUUGCCUUGGAGCUCUCAACAAGGGAGCUGACUUUAUAUCCAGCUUUUAGCCUCCUGGCUGAAAGUGGGUUUAGGACUACAAUCACACUUUACAACCGCAAAAACUAUCCUGCUCAAUUCACCUGGAAGCCCAUAAUCACCCAUAAAGGAAUGGCCUUUUCCAUAUGCCCAGACAAAGGUACUGUAGAAGCCUAUAAAGACUUAGACUGUGAAGUAGUUUGGCAUCUGGGUUUCUCCUCUCCAGUAACAGGAGAAUUUGAUUUGUGUGUGCAUCAAGGAAAGACGCUUAGACUAAAAUGCUUCGCAAAGCUUGGCUCUACCAGUGUUCAGUUUAAGGAAAAACGGAUCUCCUUUAACCAUGCUCCUAUAAAUUUAACUACCUGCAAAACAACUGUUCUUCAAAAUGUGGGACAUAAUCAUGCCUUUUUUCAGGUUGUUGAUGCCAAUCCUCUUCCUGGAAUGGUUAUCACUCCUUCUGAGGGUAUAGUACCUGUGGGAGGUCUUAUUGAACUGAAAAUCUACUUCACACCUAAUGCAUUAAUGAAAUUUGAUAGCAGAGUGGAGGUUGCAGUACGGCAUGCCAAACCUUUGGAGCUGAGGUUUGGUGGAUCUGUAGAAGUUCCUGACAUACAGCUCAGUGUGCAGUCCUUUGUCUUCCCUGGUGUUUAUGUUGGUUCAACCCAAAAAAUUCCAUUUGUUGUUGAGAACAAAGGCAAGGCAUGUGCCAGGGUGAUGUUUGAUUUAUCCAAUCAUGAUGACUUUACACUGCAAUUUAAUCUUCAGCCAGAUGUUUGCUGUUCUCCAUCAACUCAAUGUGUGUAUACCGUGACCAUAGGUGCAUAUUCAUCUUUGGAAUGUUCAUUGAAUUUCACACCAAAGGAAGUGGCAGCAUAUGACUUCAGUCUUGCAGUACGAGUUAAUGUCAACAAGGCUCCAUCUUCAUCUGAUACAAUAAUAAGUUCUUCUGAUUCAGCAAAGCAUCUCAUUGUUCCACGGCCUCAAAUGUUGACUAUACCUACUCAGUUUUGUAAAGUUCAAGCAAUUGUGCAGCAACUGCCACUGGAACUUUAUUAUCAAGAUCUAUUUUUUCAGUGUAACUUAAAAGCUAUCUACCUGGGCGUUGUACAUGACAGCAAUUCUAUGAGGAAGGUGCGUCUGAAGAACAUCUCAAAGCAAGAGCUUACGUGGAAAUUAGAUCUUGAUGCCGCAGGCAAAGCAGUAGAAGAUGGUUUCUUCAAGUUUAGUUUACAUUCUGGGACUCUCAGUCCAGGCCAAAGUAAUUCUGUUACCAUAACUUUCUGUCCUCCUUGUAAAUGCCAAGGAGCAUCCCUUUCUCAUGUGCUGCCCCAAUUUCUUCUUGACUUUGAUGACUAUAAGAGAUGGACAAAUCUGCAGUCUAUGUUGAAGUUGAAGAUUAGUAAAUCUGAGCCUAAGGACAUUCAUAUUUUGGAUGACUACACUUUUGAGGCUAUCAGCAAACAGUCAUGGACAGAUGUGUUACUUCAGAUAUACAAGAUUUUUGUUCUUCAGCGUGUCUCUGCUGUUAAGGUGAGUCCUUUGAGCAGUCCAGAAAAUGAAGAAAUCAUUCCAAAAAUAAGUGCGGAUCCUUUGUCCAGUAAUAUAUAUUCAUCACCUGAAAUAAUAAUUCUUACUUGGAUGAACAGAAAUUAUGAGAAGACACGAAAAAUUGUGUGGAAAGACUGUCCAAAGGGUGAUAUUCCACCUGCAAGGUGGAUAGUAAACUUUGAUAGAGAUCUCCAAGAUGGACUAGUUCUGGCAGCACAAGUAGCAAACUACUGCCCUUAUUUGAUUUCAACACACCUUGUGAAUAUGUACACUUAUCCAGAUACCUCUGAACAGUAUCUUCAUAAUUGCUUGGUUCUUAUAAAUGCUUUUCAUGCAAUAAAUCUUGACAUAGAUGUACUGGCUUCUGAUAUCAGCGAUCCAAAUCCAGUCAUGAUGCUUAUGCUCUCUGUCUAUUUAUAUGAGAGGCUUCCUCAGUAUCUAUUCAAGAAAUAUAUUGAGUUCGCUGGUCGACUUCAUUCUACUGUUGUUAGGAAGAUACAUUUGAAAAAUCCAAGUGUCAAGCCUUUGAUAUACAAUGCUACCAUUUUAGGAAGAGAUUCUGCUGAUUUUGUAUUGCCUAAAGGAAAUACUAUGACCAUUGCCCCCAAGAGCCAAAUAAGUAUACACAUAGAAUUCACCAGCCGUUUUCUGCAUCCUGCUGAAGCUGUACUGUUACUUGUUUCAAAGGCUUUAACUGGAGUAGAAGGGGUUACAAUGACUUUUUCCCUGAAAACCAGGAUUAGCCAAAUUAAACCUGCUGGUUUAUUCAAAUGCAGAUCUCCAUGUUACCAGUUAAAGACUAUUGUCCUGCAGGUCACUAGUCCUUUCAAAAUCAGUGGUCUUUUCAGUGUCAUUUUAGUUGAAUCAACAAGCUGCAUAACUGAACAGUUAAAUCAAGUCUGCCAGAUAAAGCAAGGUGACAGAAAAAGUUCUGAAACUGAUAUGUCAAAAAGAACAUGCAAUUUGAUAGGCAUAGAAGGAUUUUGCAAACAGCAGGCUGAUUCCUCUAAUAAAUCCAGUUUCUUACAAGAGUUCUUCAAUCCAGUGAAUGUAGUGCACCUGGAAGGAGAAAUAUCUACAAACCUUGAUCUUUACUAUCUGCCUUUUACAAUGGAAAAACGUUAUUGUGCUAUAAUUUUCAUCAAUGAGCAGAUUGGGGAAUUUGUGUACCUGGUGGAAGGAACAAGUGAUUUACCACUGCCUUCAGCCCUGCUUCCGAUGGAUAGUCCAAAUAUGCUGUGCAUUAGCAGUAUGUUAGAAGGUCAAAGUGAAAUGCCGGUGCUUCACUUUAAAUGUUGCCUUCCCGAUAUACUUAGAGAAAAGUUGAAGAUCCCCCUGAUCAAUGAAGCAAGAGAGAAGGCUCUGGCUAUUGCUGCACAACAGCAGAUGUCUGUCAUGGAAUAUGAGCGAAGAAAGAUCACAGGGACACUGGAGAGCAGCAGUGUUCGUGUGGCUGUUGCAGCCCUGGGGCUGUCAACUGUUGAGAGAGAUUCUCUGCAUAACUUGUCUACAUACCCUGAACAGUACAUUGUGUAUAAUGUGGAAGUGAGCAUGCCUGACUACUUCGAAAUCCCUUAUAAAAUAUAUAUUCCUGUGCUGGCAUCAGCCAGAGUUAAUGUAACACACCUGGAAAAUGGAAAUUGUUUUGCAACAGAAACAGGUGAUGCUGCAGUUGAGCUUCCUAUAAAAUUUAUACCUCAAUAUCCUGGACGAUAUCCUUGCCAGAUUCUUCUACAGUCCAAAUAUGACAUCCGGAUCUAUAACAUUGAAUGUGUGGUGAACACAGAUACUGUUGAGGCAGAGCUGGAGUUUGUAACUUCAGCAUAUCAAACAGUAAUUCAAGAUAUCCCAAUAACUAACAUGAGUCAACAGGAUUGGAAGCUUAAAGCCAACUUAAAGGGAAGCUCUUUUCUUGGCCCCCCUCUCAUAUAUGUAGCCCCUGGUGAAACGACUAAUUAUACCCUUAUGUUCAAGCCAACAGCUGAAUGUGUAACUAAGGGGAAGCUCAUUUUGCAAAAUGAAACAGAUGGCACAGAACAUGUCUUUUCCUUGACGGGAACUGCAACCAAACCUUUGGCACUGGAUCAUAUUCUGAUAGACUGCCCAGUGAGACAGAUUACACAGAAGGUCAUAAUGGUGCCUAAUUUUACUAAGAAUGAACUGAGAUACAAGGUGUCUUCAGAUCUCUUGAUAGUAAGUGGUGAUCCAACUCUUACUGUAGAACCUGGUGACAUAGCUGCUUAUACUCUGAAUAUAUAUCCAUGGAAACGUGGAGAAAUUCAAGGUAUAAUUUCAUUUGUUGCUGAAGAUGGAGAGCAGCAGCAGUGUCAACUUAACAACUUACUGGAGAAGACAGAUGGCAAACAGGAAUUACAAACAGUCAAUGCAGCAAACACUGGGCAAAAGCACUUCAAAGUGUGGUUUACACUGGAGAUAAAUAGCAUAGCAGCAACACCAGAAAAAACUCUGGAUGUGGAAUGUGCAGCUCUGGAUUCUACUAUCAUUGAAAUUCCAAUAGUUAAUCCCACAAAUGACAUUCUGAUGUUAGAUGUUCAAGUUGAUGUUCCUGUGCUUAGUGGUGAAAAAAGCCUCCUUCUCCAACCAAAAGAAGCAGUAUGCUAUGAAGUAAAGUACUCUCCAGCUAGUACUGGCAGCUCAAAAGGAAGUGUUAUAUUUGUGUCAGAGAAGACAGGAGAGUUUUGGUAUGCACUGACAUUAAAAGCUGAGAAACCAUUGCCGAAAACUUUGCCUGAAGUCAAGUGUGAGCUUGGAAAGUGGGUCCGUCAGUACAUUCCUUUGGUUAAUCCUACCCAUGAAAGCCUGGAAUUGAAAGUUGUGAACAACAAUUCAAUCCAUUAUUCCCUGGAGAUAACCCCCCCAAACUUUCUGAUUGUAGCUCCAUGUUCUACUACUGAAGUACCAGUUCAAUUUUGUCCUUCUGAACUAGGAAGAACAUGCCACACUGCAAAAAUCUCUUUCUUGUGCCCACAGCUUGAGGAAUGGAUUUUUUUCUUGUCUGGUGUUGGUCUGAUUCCUGAGCCCCAGGAACCAUCUAGUGUCAGCGCUUGCCUGGGUUAUCAUUCUUCGAUCAUCAUAACCUUCAGAAAUCCUACUUUCGAAGAUGUACUGGUAGAUGUGAUUUUAACAGAUCAGGUGGAAGUCACACAUGCUCCCAAUGAAUCUGCUCACCAGCAUCCCAUCAAUAAGGAGUCUGUUUUCUGGCUUCCACUAAUCCAAACACAAGGAAUCUCUCUGCCUCCAAAAGGCAAACUGGAUAUUCCUGUGCUGUUUGCACCUCAGAGUAUGACACUGUAUGAAGCUGUGCUAGUUGUUAGUGUUGAGAAAAUGCUUGAUGAAAACUGGUCUUUUGACGAUUCUUUUGAAUUCAACAACAAACUAAGCAGCAGCACUGUGUUAUCUGAGAGUGAAGAGAUCAAGGUACUCCGUUGGAUUUUCCCAAUACGUGGAAUUCCUGAAGCACAACCACACAGAUCAGCACCAGCUGUUGUAUGCUGCCAAGCCCUCAGCAGAAUAGAAGAAAGAAUAGAAGUUCUGUUAACUGGUGUGGUUCCUGGCGCAAGAGGUUCACAAAUAGUCAGAGACUCUGCAACGCCUUUGAACAGCAAGUCAACUACUGUUCAAGAUGAAGUUCAAGUGACUGAAGGAUUCCUUACUGCAGAUGAAUUUUUGUACGAUAUUGAGUUUGAAUCUGAAAGAGUAAAAUCUCAGCUAGAAUCUGCAGUAGCUAUAAAUCUGGUGGAGAAAGAAUGGGAUCCAAAAACUGGAAUUGUGACCUUGAUCUUCAAUACAGUGUUUGCUCCGAGCAAGCCAAUGAAGAAUCUGGCAACACUGGUUGUUCAGUGCAUUACAGGAGGCAUUUGGAAGUUUCCAUUACUGCUAGUUGCCACGGAACCAGAAGUCGAUGAUGUUAUCAGUAUUGAAGCAGCUGGUCUUAACAAGGACUCUGUCGUUAGCUUUAGGCUUACAAGUAAAACAAGGUACCCAGAGCCUUACACAGCUUACUUCCUGCCAGGCAGUGAUCCAGAGUUUUCCGUGUCACCUCAAUCUGGAGAACUUCUUCCACUUGACACAGCAGGGACUCUCAUAACGAUUGCAUUUAAGCCUAAUAUGUACAGCAAGAAGCACAGAGCAACACUGAUAAUAAAGACAGCAGGAAUGCAAUGGAUGUAUGAGAUCAAUGGCUUGCCACCACUGACCACACCACCUACAGCAUCAGCAAAAGUUGUUUGUAGGAAUACAUAUGAGAAAUCAACAACAGUGCAGCAACGGAACUUCGUGCGUGAAAAUAUGAAGCUGUUAUCCACUGGUGUGUCCUCAACGGUCAAAGGAGCACCUCUAAUUUUAAAAGCAAAAUAAAAACAUAGAGUCUUAAACAGAAAUUAUAUUUUUAGGACAAAUGUAUUGCUAACUACUUUUAUAUACAUUGGAUUUUAAAACAAUAAAUUCUUUAUUAGAUAUAUCAGUAAACAACUGACUAUGGUCAGGAGCUUA